AAUCGGAGAAAAACACAGAACCCCGCAGCUUGUCAACUGAGCGCGAAUCCACUCCACUCCUACAUUCGACCACUCAUCCAAAAUGAUAUAGAAUGGGGCACAGAUGGAAUGCCGAAAGUGUUGAAAACUUUGUUAUAUUUUUGUUGAUUUUACCAAACUGCGGCGAGGCACGCACCCUGCCCGAGAUCCAGCAGAAGCUUCACCAGAGGCGUGAUGGAUUAGCAAAGUUUGAGUUUAGCGCCGCGCUGCCUGGACGGGACACUAUCAGUGGCAGCAACCAAAACGUUGCUCCAGCAGAGCCCCUAUAUGUUUUUAAUUUUACAAAAAUUGAUGAAACUUUGUGUGCACAACGGAUGCAGCCAACAACUGGCGACCAGCAACAGCAUCGAGGGCGUGACCUUCGCAAUCCACAAGUGCAGCCACUUCGGAAGAAGGGAACGACACAGAAGCCCUUUCAUGUGGUAGAACAACUGAAUCUUGACUUGGAAGAGAAACUUUUACACUGGACCACAGCGAAACCUUUCAGUCCCCUACAGCAAUUAACCGCCGAACAAGUCAAGCAAUUGCGUCGCAAAACGGCAAACAACAGCUUCAAUAUACUCGAAUCACUCCAGAUGGAACAAGAGAGACAUGCCAGUCAAUUUACAACGAUGAAACCUUUCCAUGUGUUCGAGGAGUUGGAUGUUCAGGAUCAUGAGAGUGGCUUUGAAAUUCUUCAAUCAGUUGCUGCAGAACUAGAUGAGCCACUGGAGGAGCACAAGUCUCUGCCGGCAGAGUCGUCACGUGCCAAGGAUAGUCAGAAACGAAAACGCAAAAGAAUCCGGAGACGCCGUAAGAGAAUUCGUCGUCGCCGCAAACGGAAGCGCAAGAAGAAACGCAAGAAGAAAAAGAAAAAGAAGAAAAAGAAAAAGAAUAAAAAGGAAAAAGGCCAGAAAAAAAAGAAGAGAAGGAAGACAAAGAAAAAGAAACCAGAAAUUAAUCACGUAAUCGGUCAGCCGGCACAGCUUAUCUAUGCCAAUCCCGUAAAGCAGCCGUACCACCCGCACCACAGCUACUAUCCACAUCCACAACAACAACAACAAGCAAAUCCUACAACAAUCAUACAGGUGCUGACAACAAAACGUCCUGCGACCACAAAAGCGCCCUUCAGCAAGAUCAAGUAUCUACUGCGCCACAACGCUCUAUUUAAGAAGAAGAAAAAGGAGUGGGUCAACCAUGUGGGUCAUGUUAUAUAUCCCUUUAUCAAGUUCGUCGCUUUCUUUACCGUGCUAAAUCCUUUCACGCUGGGCGUCUUUCUCUUCACAUUGAUCUCGCCUGUCGUCUUUGGCUUCUUGGGCUUUGUCGCUCUAAGCCUUCUGGUUAAACCGUUUUUGCAUAUAGUAUUUGGCAUCAAGAGUAGUGUGGACAACAUCGAUCGUCAGCACUUGCUCGCCAAUAAGCGUGCCGAGCAACUUAAACUUAAUCUACGUCCUGUGACUAUACAUAAGCAUUUCUACCAACAGAGGCCACUUCACUCUUCGCCACCGCGUCAUCUUCCCCCGCUGGUGGAUUGGCGACGACAGAGCACAUCUCAUUUACAACAAAUGCGCCAUAAUCCUUUGUUGCCUGAGCAACGAGCAGCAUUGGAAUUGCUUUGAAGCUGUCUUAGCACAAUUGUAAAUAAAGAUACUUAAGAAUUAAAACCAA